AUGUCGAGCAUCAGCCACACUAUGAAGCGGUUGCAGAACGUCAACGGGGCCAGUGGCUGUAGCACGGCAGCGAGUGCGCCGCAGCUGCCGCUGCACGAAGGGGAGGAGAUGCAGCUGCGCAGCAAAAUGACACCCUACGAAGAGUGCCAGCUUCGAGUUGCUGACCGCAUGCGGCGCAUACGGGAGUUGGUGACGCAACUCGACGCAUUGCCCACAAGAGCGAGUCGGACGGAUCGUGUUGAGCUCUGCCAACAGAUUCGCAGAGAGGAGCGUCAGGUAAAGGUUGAUGUGCAGGACGCGAGGAAGUUGGCACUUAGUGAGAGUCGGCAGCGGGAGUUUGAGAUUCUGUCACAUCAUUUCAAGGGCACACUUGAAUUGGUGCGCAACCGCUACGGUGGGGGUCUUCCUCUUGCUGAGGCAGGCGACACCGCCGCUGGGGGUGCUUCAUCCGUCUUUGCGGAUUUAGACAACGCGGUCAGUCAAAGUGGGGCCCUGGCGGCGGAGGCGGAUAAAAUGGUACCCGGCCCAGAGCACAGUUACAACAUACACAACGAUGUGGAGUUCACUCAAUUCUUUCUGAACACACAUAAAAAUGAUAUGGUGAUUGAUGAGGCACUUGAUCGCAUCUAUAGUGGCGUCCAGCGAGUCAACGACAAUGCGACGCAGAUAACGUUCGAGCUCCGGAUGCAGGAGCAGAAACUCGAUGGUAGUGAGAAAAAAAUGAACACUGUUCAUUCCAAGUUGGGCAGGCUAAAUGCGAGAUUGAAGAAGGCAAUUAAAGACGUAGGUCGUUCUAUGCUGAUUGUGUAUUUUUUAUGCUGCUUGAUAUUGCUGAUUAUCAUUGUUGUCAUUUACGUUAUGGCUAAGCGAUAA